CCCAAAUGAGAACCUCUCAUUCGACGUCGGAAAGUUGUUCUAACGGUGGAGAACCCAAACUUAAGGAUGGGAUUCGUUGCGAGAUGCAUCUUGGCGUUAGCUUUGGUGGCAUUGGUUUCAUCAUCACACACCAUAAAAUCACUGGUAGAUGAGUGCAAGCCGAAGGUGGAAAUCAGUGAAGAGUUAGAAAAAUCUUUCCUUGCGUUGGAGUUCCCGUCAGAGGAGAAGACCACGCACUGUUUGAUGCAAUGCAUCGGGCAGUCGUUGAAUCUGUUUGAGGAAAAUGGCAACAAAGCUAACAGGGAGAAUAUCAAAGAGGUGCUUAAGGAACUCAAAGACAACUCCUCCCCGGCAGAGGAGUUGAGCGAAGAGCAAAAGCACUGCCUCGAUGAAGCGGAAAAGAAAGUGGACGCUGAUGAGGAGAAUGAGUGCUUGAUGGCUUUCCGGAUUUACGACUGCUUCGAGAAAGAGUUCAAGGAAUUGAUGGAGAAGCAUUCGAGUGAAGAAUGAAGCUCAAAUUGACGACUGAUGUCGAUUUUUGCCCAGGAAAAAAAUAAAACCGCGAUGAAUAUUACGAUCUUCUCAGAAAUAAAAUAGUUUAAAAUGAUGAAUACAUGAUAUACCAGAAAUAAGGGAUAAUACGUCUGAGCAGAAGCAAGACGAUUUUUAUCAUUCUUUUCUCACCUCAUCAUAUGUUCGAUAUAACGUUAAAAAAAAGUUGGGAUAUUCAAUCAAAUGGACGAUUUUGUUACAGCGUCGAUUGUCAAAACAUUUGAUGCCGAUUUCAUAUCAUCAAAGAAGUUUUUCCCAUCCCUAAUCACCAUCCGUUCAAGGAAUGGGUCAAUUUCGAUCCAUUUGGUCAAUGUUUUGCAGUUCGAGAUUCUAUCCAUCCGUUGCAACAAAUAAAAAAAUAACAUAAAAUCAAAAACACCCUAUCUGAGAAAAUUGAGUUUAAGUGUUAUUUCCGAAAUAAAAUGAAAAGGUUUUAACAGUC